UGAACAAGAUCAAAACGCAUACUUUCAUUCACAUAUGAGGAUGUAUAUAUAGGAUGGGAGCUAGAGUUACAAUAAUCAGAUGUGCCGGUACAUAUGGACUGAGUUAUAAACUAAUAGACAUCUAGAACAAUGUUUUAUCAGCUGAGUUAUUUUUUCUUGGACCAGACAAUGUUUCAUAAACGCUGGCGGGUCCCAUUGUACGAAGAGACGCUAGAGAGUUUCAUUGCCUGGAAUCGAUGGCGGGUCCCAUUGUACACAAGCACCGGGUCGAUCCAAAUUGGAAUCCAAUGGCUGCGGCGGCGGCGGCGACAUUGCCCACCAAAGUUAUGUGCUGUACCAGAAUAGUAGCUUUCUCAACCCUGCGCUACCCUAAUCCCCUAUCACCCUUUUAUACAUCUCCAAACCGAAAUCGAAAUGGAGUAGUUCAUCUGCAUCCAAUUCCAAGCCCAAAGCCAUAUCCAAAUGGAGUGGCAUCAAGCACCACACUUCCUUCCAACUCGCGCUCACAUAUGUUCCAAUUUCACGACUUUUCAAUCACUUCGCUCUCAAAUUCAUUAUCAGGUAUGGAGAAUGUGAUGAUGGAGUAUAUAUGCGGUCAAAGGAGAGCCACCCUCCUUGCCCAUCGGGUAUGGAUGGAUAUUGUUAAGAAAGGGGACAUUGUUAUUGAUGCCACAUGUGGAAAUGGUUAUGAUACUCUGGCAUUAUUGAAAAUGGUUGCUGAUCACACACAGAAGGGUCGUGUGUAUGGAAUGGAUAUCCAGAAAGUUGCUUUGGAAAAUACUUCGCUUUUAUUAGACCGCUCUGUUAACCCCCAUGAUAAAGAGCUUGUUGAGCUAUUUUCCAUGUGUCAUAGUCGCAUGGGAGAUGUGAUUCCAGAUGGCGUGAAAGUAAGGUUAGUUGCUUUCAAUUUAGGCUACUUACCAGGUGCGGACAAAAAGAUUAUUACCAAGUCAGAAAGUACAUUACUUGCAAUAGAGGCUGCAAAGGAAAUUCUAGUACCUGGAGGACUCAUCAGUAUAGUGGCUUAUGUUGGCCACUCUGGAGGAAGGGAGGAAUUUGACAAGAUCGAAGAACUGACUUCCAGAUUACCAUUCCAAAGUUGGAAUUGUUGCAAACUCCAAAUGUUAAACAGACCUCUAGCACCUGUACUUGUGUUUCUCUGUAAAAGAUGAAAGUUAAAUGGAGCAUUGACCAAAGGAUCUAGAGAUCCCUUUUAGGCAAUCAAAUUGACUACAAACGCCCCUUGACUAGUUGAAUGAGUUAAAUCGUAGCACAUUGCUCGCUAAGUUUGUCAAUACGUGAAUACCAGAAACUCCCCUUGACUAGUUGAAUGAGUUAAACCGUAACACAUUGCUCGCUAAAUUUGUUAAUGCUUGAAUGUACAUUUUGCUUGUAAUGGAUCCAAUGAAUUCGGAAUCCACAGACUGCUUGGAAUUGAAAUGGUACACCGCCACUACAACUACCACCGCCCACAUCCUUCUGCUGCCAGCUGCCUCCACCACCGCCCCCUCCUCCACUGCCGCCGCCAUCGUUUUGGAUCGUUCUUUUUUCUCACCGGAACCGUAUAUCACCAUGGGGAGCGAGGGAGGUGCUUCUGUGAGCUUCCAAUAUCCGUGGUAUUUAACCAAUCAUUCUUUCAUCCUUCUCCUCUUGCCUUGAGAAUGCUUAUGGUACAGUGGCAUAUUUAUUUGGGACACUCUGGGACUCAUAUUUUAGCAUGUUUUUUAAAAAAUGGAACUAGUACCUCUUUCAUGAUUGUAUAUAUUGCCAUUAAGGCAAAUCACAAAAAUUACUUUUCUCAAUCGUUGCUUUCAAUUCAUUUUGAUGUAUUACAAUUUACAAUCUCCAAUUUAAUCUCAUUUAGGAUUUAAAUAUAGUGUAUAUAUAUUAUUGAUAAUGUUUCC